UCCUUUUAUGUAAAGCACUUUGAAUUACCAUUGUGUAUGAAAUGUGCUAUUUAAAUAAACUUGCCUUGCCUAUAUUGCCUUGCCCCCUUUUUUUUAUUGGGGGGGUGAAAUAUGAGCUGGAGGUUUUUUGAGAUUCACCCAUAAAUGAACGAAGGAGGAAGAGAGAGAUUGUGUGUGAGUCUGUAACAGGAGUGCCCUUGUGACGUAUGCAUGCAUAUGUGUGUGUGUGUGUGUGUGUGGAAGGGGUUGGCCUAGCGACAAGCUCAGGUGUGUUUGCAUGGCUCCAUAACAGAGAGAGUGAGAUUUGAGCGGGGAAGACAGAUAGACUAAGAAUCUCGCUGAAUGAAAUCAACACUCUUCUGUAAGCAGCAGCAAGAAAAAUAGAUUAAAUCGAACAGAUGAAAAGGCCUGAAGGAGAUGGAGUUCUCUGGCAAACUCUAAGGAUUUCCAGGAAGUUGGCAGAUCUCUGCCUGUCUGGACUCGCUGAGUUGAAGGGGGACCCAUCCCCGAUGAAGACCACAUGGUACUGUCCACUGGACCUGUCCACUGUGUCCGAAAUGGAGGAAGACGGUAUCGUCUACACUGUGGUGGUAAAACAAGGGCACAGUUCCCCCCCCGGCCCACAGUCCUCAGCAUCCCGCUCUCAGCACGUCAAAGCAGGGACAGAGGAAAAGCUGGUCCUCCAUCUCCUUCAUUCCUUCUCCAUGGGCGACUCCUCCUUCAUCUCCAUCUUCCUCUCCACCUAUCGCUCCUUCACCUCCACCCGGAGAGUGCUGGACAUCCUGAUUGACAGGUUGGGAAAUCCUCCUGGGGAGAGCAAUAGUAACACUCGUCAGAUGUUCAACAAGGCGGUGUGUACGGUGUUCAGCACAUGGCUGAGUGACUAUCCUGAGGAUUUCCGCUCUCUGAACGAUCCCUCCUGCCUGCUGCGCUUGGCCCCCCUGCUUCCCACAGACACCUCGGGCGCAGAAAUCAAAGGCCGACUGAUGAGGAUCGCUGAGGAGCUGAGUGAGAAAACCCUGCUGUCCGGCUCACUCUCAGAUCCUACCAAAGGCGUGACAUCUCCUCCUGAUCCCUCGGAGUUUGAUGCCACCAGCAUCCUGGGAUUUCCAUCCAGUGUGAUCGCAGAGCAGCUGACCAGGAUCGAGACUGGUCUGUUUCUGAAGCUGGUGCCCUAUCACUGUCUGGGGUCUCUGUGGUCUCAGAGAGAUAAGAAGGGCCAGGAAGGAGCGUGCUGGUCGGUCAGAGCUACUAUCAAGCAGUUUAAUCGCUUAGCAAACGCCAUCACAGCCUCGUGCUUGUGGAACACGGGUCUGAAGAGCCAACAGAGGGCCAGACUGCUGGAGAAAUGGAUCAGUGUCGCAGAGGCCUGCAGAAGCAGGAAGAACUUCUCCUCACUGUACGCCAUUCUGUCAGCGCUGCAGAGCAACCCCAUCCACAGACUGAGAAAGACCUGGCAGGAGACAGACAGAGAAGCUGUGAGGAGAUACGAGGAACUUUCUGACAUCUUCUCAGAGAAAGACAACUACUCCCAGAGCCGCGAGCUACUCAAAGAGGAGGGGACUUCCAAAUUUUCAAACCUUGACACUAAAAUCAACAACAAGAGAUUUACAGGGUCGUGCGCUCAGGGCACUGUGCCGUACCUGGGCAUCUUCCUCAGAGAUCUCACCAUGCUGGACACUGCAGUCAAAGACCGAUUAGAGAAUGGCUUCAUCAACUUCGAUAAAAGACGACGGGAGUUUGAAGUAAUUGCUCAAAUUCGCCUCCUUCAGUCCUCGUGUAGAAACAGCAUUUUCAGAACGGAUGAGACGUUUGUUCAGUGGUAUCACAGCGUACCUACUCUGCGAGAAGAGGAAAGCUACAAGCUGUCCAAUCAGAUUGAAGCACCGGGCGAGCCGAGUCCUGGCCGUGGCCUGAACCCUACAGUGAUCAUCACACAGUGUCCAGACGCACUCUCAGCCAUGGCAAAUACGACAAUGGAUGCUGAUGGCAUAUUUGACUUCCCGUCUCCUGUCAAUCACCUGCUCUCCAGGCUUUACAAGCAUGUGAAAUCCCCAUCCGUUUCCUGUCUGGAUGUUGAUUCGUCACCGCCGCCCAACGAUGCCACGCCCUCUGUUCUGACCACACCCACUACAGCUGUCAAAUCACAUCGGCGGUCUGUCUCCUGCGGCAAUAACCCCACCAAUAAUAAGCCAGAGGCGGGGCCUGAUAUGAGAAUUGUCAGGAUACGGAUGGAUUUACAUGACGGCAACUUAUACAGAAGCAUUCUGGUCACCAGUAAUGAUAAAACACCCACAGUAAUCAGUUCUGCAUUAGAGAAGCACAACCAGAAUUCUCAAGAAGCCUCCAAAUACGAGCUGAUCCAACUGCUGCCGGAGGGGAAAGAGUUAAUAAUACCUCCCACAGGAAACGCCUUCUAUGCCAUGUCUUCAUCUAGCGUCGACUUCCUGUUAAGGAGAAGAGGAGGAAAUACACCAACAGGGUCUCCGACUCUCGGCAACGAAACCAGCGCAACCUUUCCACGAAUCAAAGCCAAGGGCAGAAGACUAGUCCGGACACUGUUUUAACAUAAAAACAGGAUAUUCACAUCCAAGUACUUUCAAAAGAAAAGACACAAAAUAUUUCAUUCAGAGCUCUUUGACGUAACUGUAGAAUUGACUCAAAUAAGUAAUUUUCAUAAGUCCUAAUAUUAGUAAUUUGAGUGAAAGCUUGGUUGAAAUGGCUCUAAGAUGUUAGUUACUGCUAAACGUUGCACUAUUUUUGCAUUUCAUAAAUCCAAAAUGAAUUUCAAGACCGAUUCACAUACCUUUUGCUGAUGCCAGCAUUUCCAGUACUUCCCCCGUCUACCUCUAAAUCUUGCAGUCCAUUGGUUACAGAAUAUUCUGCAUUAUUAAUGAACAUCAAACGGAGAUAGAGCAGCUAAAAGAUCCCAGCAUAAUAAAAUAAACACUUACAGAAGGUACUUACACCUGUCUAACAUUUCAAAACACUGAGCUGUUCUGCGUGGGCAAAAAGCUACUGAAAAACACCCACCUACCUGAAGACGAGUCGCAAAAACACUGCCGCUCUCCAAUGUCUUUACCAAGUAUGCAAACUGAUAAUUGCUUGCUGUGUGCUUUCUCUUUAAAUAUUUAUACAGAAUUCAUUAUGGUUAUGGUAAUAUCGAGACUCUGUUCCAAAACCUAGUAUAAAGUUCGUGUAAAUCUAAGGCAGGAAAUGAAUUGAAACGGAUCUUCAAAAGAGACCGAUCUGAAUCACUCUAAAUUGGCAGCAACUCUUAGGCCGCACAUGGGAGACUUUACAAUUGAUUUCAAUACAGUUUGGUGUUUUUUCUAAGCUAACAGCACAAUAAUAUACUAAGAAUAAUAAUACACUACUUUCCAAAAGUUAGGGGCCAGUAAGAUUUUCAAAAGUAAUUAACACUUUUAUUCCGCAAGGUUAUUACAGUUAACUAAAACUAAAUCUAAAACCAUAAAAAUUGUUACUUAAACGUUAACUGAAAAAUAUCUUGUUAUUUCAGGUAAUUGCCAAAGCAACAUUUCUCAUUUGAAUAAAUUAAUAAAAAUUGCAUAGACAUGUAUAAAACAAAUUACAAAAACAACAAAUAUACUAAAACGAAAAUAAUAAAUAAAAUUAAAAUAAAAACUGAAACUAUAAAAAUAAAAACUGAUUCAAAAUAUUCAUAAAAACAAUAAUUGUAUCUAAAUGAUACUAAAAUACCAUGGCCAUUUAACAAUAAUGCUUUAAAUUGAUCAAAAGAUUUAUCUAAAAUUGAUCUAUUUCUAUUUUUUAUUUAUACAUUCUAUUCUUCAAAGAAUCCUGAAAAAGUAUCAUGGAUUCAACAAAAAUAUUCAACAUUAAUAAUAAUAAUAAUAAUAAUAAUGUUUCUUCAGCAACAAAUCAGCUUAUUAGAAUGAUUUCUGAAGGAUCAUGUGACUGAAGACUGGAGUAAUGAUGCUGAAAAUUCAGUAUUGUCAUCACAUGAAUAAAUUAAAUGUUAAAAUAUGAAAAUAUAUAACAUACAUUGUGAAUUAUAACAUUAUUUCCCAAUAUUACUGUUUUUACUGUAUUUUUGAUCAAAUAAAUGCAGCGUACUGUAGGUGAGCAUAAGAGACUUCUUUCAAAACAUCAAAAAAAAAUCUUACAGACUCCAAACUUUUGAAUGGUAAUGUAUGUACAGUAGCACAAAAAUAUUGGGUAAUAUACUAAAUUUUAUUUGUAUUUACCUAUUUUUUAAUUUAAUAAAUUGCAGUAUUGAAUGAAAUGUAUUUGUAAUCGUUUCCACGUUUUGGGUGUGCCUUCUUCACAAAGGAUACAUGCAUAAAAAUAGGCCAAAAAAAAGUGACUAAGGCGGCAGCAUUAUCAUGCAGGCUACAGGUUUUGAGUGUGUAGCACUGUCUAUGUAGGCAGCUGACUAGGUUUUGGGACAGAGCUAACAGUGUGUAGAACUGAAGGUCUCCGGUUCUGGCUGUUCUCCGAUACCAAAUCAACUCCUUUAAAAAAUGCAACAAAGCUGUGCCUCAUACGCUACGAUCAUCAAAAAUAGAAAACAACACAGUUGUUCGUAUCCUAAUGAACCUUGCGUUCUCUGUCUCGUAUGCUGUUGACGUCUCUGUGGGAACUGAGGCAUGUGAGAGCUCACAGCAAGGAAGAGGGGUCUGUUUCAUCUCAGUCUUUGGUUAUGUUCGGAAUAGGAUACUGUCAUACUGCACUUACAUAUAGUAUGCAAUGGUCUGUAUACUUACUACAAUGUGCAGUAUUCAAAAGAGCUUUUAUUUUUCUAAGAUGAUAACUGGACGUCACAUGCAAUGUGAUGUGAUGUAGCAUACUACUGUUUGAGAUCUUGGAAAAAUGACGACUGUUUCAAUUACCCUUUAAAGAAAACAGUGGAAAGUAUACAUUGAGUAAGCAGUAAGCUAGUAUUCCAUUCCGAUCAUAGUCUUUGUUUUUGGUCACUUGUUUGUUAAGUGCCUUAUUAUCAGGUGCUCGUGUGUGAUUGUUGUUCUGGUGUGUUGCGCAGUGAAAAGCAUGUUACAGCUUCAGUUCUGUACUGUCAGAUCUGUAUUCUGACAACUUUAUGCACUACAUACCUCCUAUUCUUGUAAUAAACUUUAAUUUUGAUACGACUGA